AUUAUGAGUCAUCAUCAUAAGGCCCAUGACAUAGCAAAGGUUGCAGCGGCUAGAUUGAAUGCAGCUGCAGCUACAAGGAAUUAUAAUGUGACACCCAGAGUAGAUUAUAGAACAGUUGUGAAGGUGGAUGGUCCAUUAGUUAUUUUGGACAAUGUGAAAUUCCCAAGAUAUGCAGAAAUUGUUAAUGUUUGUUUAGGAGAUGGAUCAGUGAGAAAAGGGUAAUCAUAAAUCUAAUUAUUUUAGCUAAGUUUUGGAAAUUGCAGGAAAGAAAGCAGUUGUUUAAAUCUUUGAAGGAACAUCAGGAAUUGAUAAUUUAUACACUCAUUGUGAAUUUACAGGUUCAACACUUUAGAUGGCUAUCUCUGAAGAGAUGCUUGGAAGAGCAUUUAAUGGAUCAGGAGUUCCAAUUGAUAAAGGACCCCCUGUAUUGGCAGAAGAAUUUUUAGACAUUUAGGGUCAACCCAUCAAUCCAUAUUCAAGAGUAUAUCCAUAAGAAAUGAUUCAAACAGGUAUUUCAGCUAUUGAUUGCAUGAACUCAAUUGCUAGAGGAUAAAAAAUUCCUUUGUUUUCUGCUAAUGGUUUACCACAUAAUGAAAUAGGAGCGUAUGAUUUAAUAAUCAUAAUUUUAGUUAAAUUGUGCGUUAAGCUUCAUUAGUAAAAGGUAAAGAUGUUCUUGAUCAUUCUGAUGAAAAUUUUGCAGUUGUAUUUGGUGCUAUGGGUGUUAAUAUGGAAACAGCUCGAUUUUUCUAAACAGAUUUUGAAUAAAAUGGUUCAAUGGAAAGGGUCGUAUUGUUCAUGAACUUGGCUAAUGAUCCAACAAUUGAAAGAAUUAUUACUCCAAGAUUAGCAUUAACAACUGCAGAAUAUUUGGCUUAUGAAAAGGAAUUACAUGUGUUAGUUAUUUUAACAGAUAUGUCAGCUUAUGCAGACUCAUUAAGAGAAGUAUCUGCAGCUAGAGAAGAAGUUCCAGGAAGACGUUCUUUCCCUGGUUAUUUAUAUACAGAUCUUUCAACCAUUUAUGAGAGAGCNUAAAAUACUUAAUAAAUUUUAUAUAGAUUAUUCAGCGUUUUAUAGGAAAUAAUUUUUAUUUGAA